AUGUCUUCCACAGCUGCUCCGCCGGGUACACACCCCGGCCAGAAUCAGCAGAAUAGCAACAUCAAUGAGGAGUCACCGAUUCCAGAAGGACCGACAGAUAGUCAUGUUCUAUCCCAAGUUGAACAAGACGACAAAGGUCUAGCGCAGCAAGCAGACGAUACUGCGGAAGUUAGGGAUCUUGGAUGGAACCAGCCUUCCCAGCAUUUCGACGAAGCAAUCAUUGCUGGAUUAUCGAACGAAGAUCUAUGGAUGCUUAUCAGGCGAUUUGACAAGCAAGUCUAUAAUGUUAAAGCGGUACCGGACGCUCCCAUGCAAAAACUUGACCUGACUCGGUCGGUCGACGAUGAAUUCUCACCGGACAAACUCAGAACCACUCUGGAGAGAUUCUAUACCACAGUAAUUAUUGGUCUGACAUGUCUGAUCAAACACAUUGCUCGCCUAAGAUCGUGGAAAGAGCCUCGACGAACAGCUAUCUUUUGUGGAGUUUACUCCGUGUGCUGGCUUUUGAAUAUGCUCGUCCCGGCAUUCUUUGCGACUUUACUUGCUUUGAUUGUAUUUCCACGCUGUCGAGAACUUUUGUUUCCCCCAGCGCCUCUUGCUCUUGUGGAUAAGAGUACCGGUGGUGUUCAGAAGCCCAUGGCCGGUGUACUAGGUUCCCACGAUAGCAUCACCGGUGCACCGCAGAACUUCAAAGGCCAGGCUGCUGAGAAAGAAGCAAGCAAUCUGGUGUCAAGUGUUGCUACUGUCGCUGUAGGUAGUGCACUUGGGAAAAACGAUCAAGCUAUCCCGGAGGGUGCACCUAUGGAAGGGUCCAUACCGGAUGCCAUGGAUGUUGUUGCCACUUCUGCGGAUGCCCAAAGCGCUGCAAAUGGAGAGACAGCUGCAGAUUCUCACGACAAAACCCGGCAACCGAUGAAGCAAUCGGUCAUGGAUGGAGCUAAUAUGUCUAUGCAAGUCAUCAAUGACAUCACUGACACAUACGAAAAAUUCGGAAAUGCUUUGUCAGGUACACCUCCGUUUCCACGAACCGCUCCUCGACUGCGUCUAGCAUCUGUCAUAGCACCAUUGUGCUUCGUAUCGGCGUUUAUAUCGAGCUACACCUUCAUGAAAACCAGUGGGUUUGUGAUCGGAUUCGCCUUUUUCGGUGAUCCAAUUAUCAUGCGUGGCAUGUCAUUUUUGAACCGAAAACUUCCCCAGUGGCGAAAGAUCCUACAGCUGCAAAAUUCGCUGCUCAAAGGGAUUCCGACGAAUGCCCAGCUAACCCUUACCCUAUUGCGCAUUGGAGAAGCCAACGCAUCACCUUUGCCACCACCUCCAACCUCCAUGGCCGCACCUCCAUCUCGACCAGCCUCUAUCCAUCACGAGGAGCUUGCUCUCGGUGCUACAAAAGAGGAAAUAUCGAAAGCUGCCUCGGCUGAAUCUAAGUCUAUGUCAGUGAAACCCAAGUCCCCAAUACCUGCAGUACCCAAAAGCGGGUGGUCAUCCAGAAUAAUCAGUUUCUUCCGCGGGACUACUGCCACCGGGGUAGAGAGCAAGAGAGGCGUCGAUAGGGUACGUGCAAUGGUUGGCUCCACUCAUGCUGCAAAUCGACUUGGAGUUUUACGUCCAAAGGGCAAACAGAUUACACCCACUGGGCCUGCAGAAUUUGAAGCUAGAUACAAAGGUAAGCGUGGUGCUGUCAUUAUUGACUCCACCAAAACAACUCCUUUACUAUAUUUCACAACCGACAUCCAGCAUGGCGAUAUCCAGCUGGAAAGCCGGAAGAGCGGCUCAGUACUGUUCACAAUGCCAGUGACAGAUAUUCGAGAGAUGAAGAAGCAAGGUGGAAUGGGAUGGAAAGGAAAAUUAGUUGUUGGAUGGGCCAUGGGGGGCAAGGAGGUUGUUGAUGGACUGCUUAUUGUGGGCAAAGAACCGCAACAGUCUUAUCAGUUGACGGCUAUGGGAAUGAGGAAUCAACUUUUUAAUAGGCUGAUUGCUAUUGAUGGACAGGUUUGGGAGCGCUGUUAA